AUGGAAGUUCCUUGUAAGCUGUGGGAACCGUACACCAUAAAACAAGAAGUGAUGCGGUAUAUGCCGAGACGCGAACAGAAAGAUGGAGAUGGUAGACGUUGGAUGAAGAAGAGUGCAAUGAGUUUGUUGCGUGUUGUCUUGGGUGUGCUGGUGGUUUAUACUCGUCAAGAGAGACAAGAUAGAGACUGGAUACAACGACAAGGUGGCUGA